AUGUUAAUGCAAUCUAUUAAGAUAUCUCUUUUAAGAGGACCACCUCGGCGCGGGGCAGGCGGCGGGCGUGGGGCGCAGCGCGGCGCAGUGUCGCACGCGCCGCCCGCGGCCGCACCCGUGUCGCCGCCCGAGCCGCCCGCCGCCCCCCGCCCCCGCAACACGCGUGCGCUGGGCGCGUCGCGCGGGCCGCGGGCCCGGCCCGCGAGCCUGCUGCUGCUCGCCGCGUGGCUGGCGGCCGUCGCCGCAGACCUAGCCUGCCCACAGGAGCCCCCGCCGCCGCAUCUCUGCUCAUCUUGCCGCUCCUACGAGAACGCCCGAGAGCACAGCCUCCGAGUUAUCAAGGAAAGUUUACUAGCUAAGCUAGGAUUUGCGCAAGCGCCGAACACUACCGGACGCCAGUUGCCACGAGUGCCGGCGGAUCUCAUGGAGCGGUUCGAGAGAAGACCGCCGCCGGCUGGCGUGCAAGCUGACGCACCGGCUCUCUCUUUUGUAACUCACACCGAGCAGGACGAUUUCCUUGCUCGCACCGAAAACGUCCUCGUAUUUGCUCGU